UUUUCAACCUGCGACUGUUGACGUUUGUGGCAGUUCUGUGAAUCGAUGAUCGAGUCGGUUUAUGACUGUGUGCGCAGACCAUGUGUACGACGACCGUCCAUGUGCUUGGAUGUGUGACGAGAAUUUUUACUGGCCAAAGUAGCGACAGCAUGCAAGAUGUGCACACAAACGACAACGUGCGGUCGUCGAGAGUAGUGAUAUUUUUACUCCGCAUCAUGUUGGGUGAAAUAACAAAUUCCUUGAAGUAGUUAGUCAAACACAACCGUUGGCGCUCAAAACACGUACUGUUUUUUACGGAUCGGGCAUGCGGCUUUCAGUGAUUUUGAUCCUUCCGGAAGAACUCAUCGUUUUGUUGUGAACCGAUUGUGUAGUGAUUGAUGAAACCAGUUGGAAUAAAGAAAAAAAAAACAACAAACCAUUCAUACAAAACAGUACUUGUGCAACACACGCAAUGGAUAAAUUUUACCCAGUUCAAAAGUGAAACAAUUGUACUAAACAUUAAGUGAAGUGAAGGAAGUUGAUGUUUUAUGAAUCAUCGCUGAAACAAUGAAAUGAAAUAGUUUCACUGGCACAGAAUUAAUAAGAGAAAAAGAAGAAAAAACUAUAAUCGGAGUACAUAACAACUCUCUACCCACAAACAAACUGCUCAAAGUUCUGAGUUGAUGCAUUAAAGUGAAUGGUGUAUAGAAACUCGACUCAAAAAUGGAUGCCAAUAAUUUUGUGAUGUCUUCCUAUCAGUUUGUAAAUUCGCUCGCGUCGUGUUACCCGAAUAACGCCCAAAAUCCCAAUACUGCCCAAGCUAGCAGUGGUGGAGGCCAGGGUGAUGGUUACUUUCCGCCGUCUGCUUAUACUCCUAACCUGUACCCUGGCACGCCACAUCAGGCGCACUAUGCCAAUCCACAGUCCUACAACCCCUUGGCAGCCGGAUCCAGCAAUGUUAACAGCAGUGGAAGCAGCGGUGGUCACCAGUCAAACGAAAUGGUUGACUACACACAACUACAGCCUCAAAAGUUUCUACUUAACCAGCAGCAGCAGCAACAACAACAGCAACAAGCCGGUCUCAGUUCUCAAAGUUGUAAAUAUGCUAGCGACGGUGCAAGUGCAGGUACAAAUGUAGGUAAUAAUAGUAGCAAUAACAACAGUACCACUAGCCCGCAAGAUCUAAGUACCGCUGGCAGCAAUACAGGAGGUGCUGGAGGAAGUGGCAGCCGGCCGGAUAUUUCCCCAAAGUUAUCGCCGAACUCAGUGGUAGAGAAUGUGUCGCGAACAAUGAAAUCGGGCAGCGCAGCCGCAUCCGUUAGUUCUAGUAAUACAAACAACAAUAGCAGCAACAUUAGCAAUCGCAACCCAGUGAAUCAGGUGAACCUACCCCUGGGGAGUCCAGACGGAGAUGAGUCCGAUGCCAGCGAUGACGACAGCGGCACCGAAGGUGGAAGCUCUCAGGGAGGUGGCAGCGGUGGCAAAAAAGGAGGCCCACCACCCCAGAUAUAUCCAUGGAUGAAACGAGUGCAUAUCGGCCAAAGUAUGAAAUUAGACAGACGAAUAGAGGAAGCGGCGCCAGCUGGACAGCAGUUGCAAGAACUAGGAAUGAGACUGAGAUGCGAGGAUGUAGGCUCCGAUCAAGAUGAGUAUCUGGAUGAAGAACGCCUUAUGCUCGAUAGAUCGCCUGAAGAAACCGAGUCCAACGACGGUGAUUUAGAUGACCUUGAUUCCGAUACCGAUCUCGUAGAUGAAAUGAUGACAGCUACGAGCGACGGUGAGAGGAUUAUUUAUCCCUGGAUGAAAAAAAUCCACGUUGCGGGUGUGGCAAACGGAUCAUUCCAACCUGGAAUGGAGCCAAAACGCCAGCGAACCGCCUACACCAGGCAUCAAAUUUUAGAACUGGAAAAGGAGUUCCAUUACAAUCGCUAUCUGACUCGACGGCGACGGAUAGAAAUAGCCCACACACUGGUUCUGUCAGAGCGUCAGAUUAAAAUAUGGUUUCAAAAUCGGCGGAUGAAAUGGAAGAAAGAUAACAAACUGCCGAAUACGAAAAACGUUCGAAAGAAAAACGGAGAUCAAGGUAAAAACAACUCCACAACCAACUCAACGGGCGGCCAAGGCAAAAAAGGUCGAAAGGGGAACUCGUCAAGCUUAUCAAACGCGAAGAAACAAAUGAGUCUUCAAAAUGAAUGCCUUCGCACCGAGAGCCUCGAGAGCAUGACGGACAUCCAUAAUUCAUUGAAUGGAAGCAAUCUUACUUCGGUCCCAUACAUUUCUGCAUCAGACGUCACCGGGGUGCUGACGACGACUAGUAAUAAUAAUAAUAAUAACAAUAAUAAUAAUAACAACACCAGCAUCAACCAAGAUUCAUCGUCUCAUGGUCAACAGCAGCACCAAUCUUUAUUGAACAACCCGACGGCAACGAGUAAUGUAAAUACCGUAGCAUCACAUUCCGUUAGCAUUAAGCAAGACUAUGAUCUUACGUCCCUUUAGAAAAGCCUUCAACGUCAAACAAAGCUAGACGUGUUUUGCUCAUUUUGUGAAAUUAACAAAAUCCACCGAGAUCUGAAAACUUCACAUCGCACUUUAAAGGUUCAAUUAAAUUCACCUGAUGGGGAUUGCUGAGGCCAUUCUCUAACAAAAAAUAACUAACAUUAUCAGUUUCAAAAUCUACUUUCCUUACCUAACCCAUGAAACUGUAUUUGUAUAAGCACACGGAAAGGCUAAGCAGUUCGAUGCGUCGAAAGCAACUUAGAAACUAAAUUGUUGCAUUAUUAAAUUCAAUUACGGUAUAUGAAAAACAUCAAAACAUCAAAACAAAAAAAUCUAUUUUUUAUUGAUUAACAUAAAAUUUUGUUUAAGCUUAGCCUUUCCGUGCACAAAGAGUCUGAGAAUAGUAAUAGUUUCAAGAUUGAUAUAUAAUUUCUUUUUGUGUCCACAGUUUUGUGUGCGAAUUUGCAUAAAAAAAUAUAUUUGUAAUUGAUCGUAAGAAUCGUAUCAUAAUUCCUUCAGUAGGAAGAAUGGCGAAAAAUUCGGAUAAAACAGUGAUGUAGUUUAAGGGAAAAAAAUCAGAACUGUAAAUAAAUGUAUAAAUAGGCAUAUUAGUCUGUAGUGCAUAGAUUUGAUUUCAACAAAUAUUGUAUUUGGUUUAGUGCCAUUGUCAAGAAAUAAUUUUCUAGUUUAUUUGCCAUAAAUAGUCGAUGAUACAGUAUUUCAAAUUGAACAAUUACGUUUGAAAAUAUGUGCUUGUUUCAAAAUAAAACUUGAAAUUC